AAACGAGAUAUACUUACUGGAGAGCAUCUUAUUUUCACCUCAACCAUUUCAACAAUGAAGAAAAAUUAAACAGACCUGUUAGAAAUAAAUGAAGGGAUGGCAAACUCUACAACUAUUCAACAUAACGAUGUUCUAUUGCCUUGUUUUGUACAGGAAGUAUUUAGUUGCCUUUGUUGUAGAGAAGCUGGCUUAGUUCCAAUAGGACCAGUACGGACUGUUUACCUAAGACGGUCCAUAGGAAUGUGAUGAGGGGAAUGACCACAGAGAUACAUGAUAGGGCCAUAGGUUUAUGUAGCCAUUUGGGUUUUGCCAAUCAAGAGGGAUGCCAAUUACCUAUCACUUUUUCUCUUCGAUGUCUGUAAAAUUUCCCAAUUCAUAUUUUAUAGAAAUAACACCUUUUUCUAUAAAUUUCCCAGGUUGGGGAAAGACAAGCCUAAAAACACUUGUGAGUUGUGACUUAGGUAGUCUACAGAAGAAGAAGAAUGAGACGAAAUUCACGAAAACAAACAAUCAGUCUGACGAACGUCAAUUUGGAAGCCUUAACUGAAUUUCAUGUACUGCCUUUUAUAGGAAUGAUGUCUCAGUGUGUAUCCAGAUUUUGUUUAAGGUCUCAUGUCUUAAAGUAAAGUAGAAUUGCUACCUGAAAAAUGAUGUCACCUGAUGACUGCUGUGUUCAGUUAGAGGGUAAAAAUCAGCUACUUCAUAUGUACAGAGAAUGUGAAGAAGAGCCCCAAGCAGAACAUCAUGUGAAACACUCAUCAGAUGUCCUUGGUGUGGCAGAAGUUGAAAGUAUUAAUGAAGAAUCAGCACAAUCCACAUUCUCAGCACAGGGAAAAGAGAGAAAACUUAAGAAGUUCAGAAAGUUUCCAGAACCUCAUUUUAACCAUGGUAUGAAAAGAACAGUAAGUUUUCUUUUUAAGUCAGGCUUCAGACGAAAAGAAAUUAGAACAGUAUCCAGACAGAAUUUACUUGAUUACAUCUACAAGUUAGAAAAUACAGUGAAAAAGCAGCACAAUAAUAUUAGGUACCUGCAAAUGAAACUGAGAAAACAUAAGUGCAUACAGACAAGUCAAUGUAAACACACAGGUGAUGAAAUAUCCAGUAUCAUGACAAAUAAUUCCUGGAUGACAAGAAUUACAGAGUCGGAAAAGGAAACUGUACAUCAUGCUAAUUGUGUAACACUACAAGCUGACAGUGUAGAUUUAUUAAAUCAGAGGACUGGCAAAAGAAAUAAUGAAAAUUCCCAAUGUAAUGUUUCUAAAUGUUUUGGUGCAGUUCAUUUAAGGCUUGGCCAGCACAGUGAAGAGCUGUCAAGAGAAAGUGAAAAUCCCCUGGAACAAUGUAUGUCAAGUGAAGAUAUGAGUUUUACAGUUAACAAAGUACAAAAUAUCCAAAGUGAUUGUGGAGUCCAUCUUUAUACAUAUGAAAUAAAGAGGAAAAAUAAUGUCAUAGAUGAGUGUGAUGAAGGAGUGAAAAAGUGUAUUGAAGAAUUUAUAUUAAGGGAGGAUGUUUCAGUGACUGAUCUUAAUGUUAAAUCAGAAGGUAAUGAUAAAGUAGCCAGAUUUCGAAGACAUUUUUUAAUUGUCCUGUAUAAACAGUUUCUUGCUGAGGUUGGCUCAGAGUGCAGUUUCUUGCAGUUUUGCAAGUGCAUUCCAAAAGAUGUAAUUAAGCCAAGCCCAACAUAUUGGAAAAACUUGAUGUGUCCAAGAUGUGAAAACACAGAGUUGAAAUUUAUGGAAAUUGUAAGCAAGGUACUGAUGAGAAAAGAUUUAUCCUUAGAAGAAGUUUUAUCCAAGCAAGAUCUAUUUGAACAUGUUUCUCUUGAGCUUAGCAAGUUAAAGGAUUCCCUAGCACCAUUCACCUAUAGGUCUUGGGCUAGAACUCUGCUUGGGAAAAUGGAAGCCAGUGAAAGAAUAGUGACUACAACAAUUGGAAGUGCAUGCACAGAUAUUUUGAAGCAAUUAGAUUUGUUAAAAGACCACAUGAUCAGGUGUUAUAAUCAAUAUGAAGCAGUGAAGGAAGCAAGAGAGGAAACUGAAAUGUCGCCUAUACAUGCCAUGGUGCAUAUAGACUGGUAUGAAAGCCCAGCAACCUUUGUUGCAAGGUUGUUGCACACUUCUUACUAUUGUGGCAAUGGAUUUAAAUCAUUGCAUGCUGGAUUUGUUCGUACACAAGAAAAAUCUUACGGUUUUGCCUCCCUUUCAGACUGUAGAGACCAUACAGCACCUGCUGUAUGGGCAAGCAUAAAUGAUAUUCUAGUAAGUUUAGCUAAAGAGGGAAUGAAAGUUAUUACUGUUGUAUCAGAUUCUGCAACUGCUCAGUAUAGAAAUAAAGGUAAUUUUUACCUAAUGAGGAGAUUUGCAAAGCAAAACAAUGUAGAAAUGAAGUGGAUAUACUUGGAAGGUGGCCAUGGUAAAGGUAUAGCAGAUGCUGUUGGAGCAUCAGUUAAGCAGCUAAUGUGCGACACCAUUGCUAAGCACCCAAACAAAUCUUUCCGUAACACAGUGGAUAUUCUUCCUUUUAUAAAAGAUUUACCCAAUGUGAAGGUUUUUAGUCACAGUGAACAUCUUGUGCAACAGUAUAAAAACUUACUUUCACGACAGCAUUUACAAGUUAUUCCUAGUACAUAUAAAAUUCAUGAAGUGUGUGUGAAGGAAACAUCAUUUUAUGUGAAAGAAUCAUCUGCAGAUAAGUUACCAUUUUUCUCUUUAGAUCUGGACACACAAUCAAAAGGAAAUUAAAUUAAUUCUUGCCAAUUUUAAAAUUUAUUUCAACACAGAAUAUUAAAUUUUUAUUUCAUAAUCACAGCUGUACUGUUAGGCUCUUCACUUAAAGGGAAUCAGUGAAAAAGGGGCAUAUGUCAAAGUGCAUUGCAGAGUUAAAUAAGUGGAUGGUCACUAAUGUUUCCUCGUUCAGUGUACCACAUCCAAGACCUAAGGCUUAUCUGUUUCAGUUAGCCUUGAAUUUUCCAAUCUCAGAAGAUUAUGAGUGUGAAGAUUCUUUAGAUUACCAUAGACAGUGAUGCAUGGUUGGUGUUGUAACCCCUUUCUGCCUAGAAAUCUUGUUAAUAGUGAACUAUGCAUUAAGGAGACCAUUGAAUUGCCAUGUAGAUAGGUAACUUUGUUUCUUUGCCAUGGCGACAGAAAAGUUUAGCUAUGAAAAACGCUAUUCUCUGCACGAAAAUAAAAUGUUGACCACUUAUUUUCUAUCAUCAGAGAAUGUUUAUUAAAUCGUGUAAAUUGAAGAGGUUAGUAUUAACCUGUGUAAAAUAUUAUGAAGAGCUAUUGAUAACUUCUUAACCCUUCAUAUGAGUAACAAAACAGCUUUUGGGUUGUGGAUGGAUUACCUCCUGGUGAGUAUCAAUAAUUACGUGCCAUCAAUUUGGAGAAAUUGAACAGGAAAGAGCUUCCAUUUCAAUAGCUCAAAAAUUUACCAAUGGCAACUUUUAGACCGGCUUAGCCCUCCGAUUCUAGGUGUCUCAUGAAUUAGUUUUGUACUUGACAUCACUGAGCAUGUAUUGCCUCUCUCACAUGAUAUCUUUUUAUAUAUUUGCUCAUAAAUAUACCCAGGGUUGUUGUUGGUUUUAGUUCUUAACUUUUAUGAUGGUCUGUCAGUUAUAAUUGUAAUUUUGCAAAGAAAUAUUAGGAAAAAUCUCAGUAAACUUGCAUAAUUAUUUUACAACAAAUAAACUCAGAAUUUGUUGCUGAUUUUAGUUCUCAUUUGUUUUGAUAGUGUGAGCUAUAAUUAUAAUUUUACAAAAUAAAAUAUAUAAAAUUGUUAGAAAAAACUGUAUAACUUGGUGAAAGUUAUGAUUGUCUUGUAAAGGAACUGAGGGUUGUAAAUAGUCAUUUUCAACUGAUCAUGGAAGGUAGGAAGAAUUUUUUUUUUUCUUACACAAUGUGCAUUUGUAUUCGCUCCUCUUACCAUUGAUAUGUUUUUCUUAAAUUGGCCGACCUCAAAGUUUACUUGUUCAGGGGUACUGUAAAUUGAUUUUUUUUAGCCCAGCUCUUAAGGGUUAAAGGAAUAUUUAAUGCUGUAAAAGCCUUAGUGCAUUUGGUCACUCAACUACUGUACUCACUCAUUCUAUAAAUAAAACAAUGCAUUUAGUUCAGUCAUAAUACAGCAUUUGUCUUCUUUUAGUAUUAGAUAAAUCUUUUAAUUGAUAGUGCCAAUUUGAACUGUUGUAGAAUACUGA